UCGCGUUGGUAAUGAUUUAUUCAAAGCCACUCUAAUUGGCCCCACAAGGCUGUCAGGACGAGGCGCACAGCAGCCAAUCUUCUGAAUCAAUCAUCUGUCAAUCUGAAAGUCGCUUCGACAAAAGCAGCGGCGCAGCAGAGUCCGGGCUCCUUCGUGUGGCUCUUGGCACUCGUCCCCAGCGACAUGUCCAGUGCAGACUAGCCGAAGCCUCGUUCGACCUCCUCUUUGCUCUGUAGACGAGUGGUCCGCCGCGAUGGACAAAUUUCCGAUUCGCAACUUCAGCACCGCGAAUAGCUCCCUGAGCCGACAGCGCUACUUGUCGGGCGGCCAGCAGCACCUCGACUCCGCAGAGCUACAAGUCGCCAUCCCGGUGGUGCUGGGAGCCAUCUGUGUCCUGGGCUUCGUCGGCAAUGUCACUGUCGUGGGAGUCCUGAUGAGCAAUGCGCGGAAGGGGAAACCGUCGCUGAUUAACUCUCUGAUCCUGAACCUGAGCAUCGCCGACCUGCUGGUGCUCGCCUUCGCGGUGCCCGUCAAGGCUGCCGCCUACUCCAAAGACAGCUGGACUCUCGGAUGGUUCGUAUGUAAGACUUGCGACUGGUUCGUUCACUCGUGCAUGGCAGCGAAAAGUUUCACCAUCGCCAUCGUGGCCAAAGCCUGCUUCAUGUACGUGAGCAACCCUACCAAGCAGGUGACCAUCCGGACGCGGACGAUCGUGGCUGUGCUGUUUGCCUCCUGGACGCUGGCCUGCGUCCUGCCUUUGCCCCACUGGCUUUUUGCGACCCUGCGGGACGACGGGCGAGGCUUUAUCUGUGUGCAGGCCAUCCCCAUAUCGGCAGACCACUUCAUGUCCAUCUACCUGAAGGUCUAUCCUUGUCUCAUAUUCUGCGCUCCCUUGAGCUUCGCCUUUGUCUACUUCUGGAGGGCGUACGGCCGCUGCCAAAAAAGAGGAACCAAAACGCAGAAUCUUCGAAUGCAGAUCCGUUCCCGCAAGCUCACCGUCAUGCUGCUCUGCAUCGGGGUGGCCUUUGCCAUCUUGUGGCUGCCGGAAUGGGUCACCUGGGUUUGGAUGAAUCAUGCCGAAUCGGAUGGCCCCGUCCCACCGCUCUAUCUGGCCAUCUCCGCUCAGGUGCUCAUGUUCACCGUUUCUUCGGUAAACCCUUUCGUCGUCCUCUCCAUGUCCGAGGAGUUCAGGAGUGGUUACAAGGGGCUCUGGCGCAGGCUGACCGUCAAGAAGGCAAAAGCCGACCCGCCCGUCAUGAAGGACAACAAACAGGAGGCGAACAGGACUGAAGCGCCCGCAAGUUCCUUGCCGCCCCCCGAGCAGAGCCCGACUCCAGAGGAGCCUCCACCCGAGCCAGAGCCCUCCUGCAGCCAGACCACCCCCGACAGCCCCAAAAGCAAAGACAACAUCCUCCCCGACGUGGAGCAGUUCUGGCACGAACGGGAGUCGGGCUCAACUAGCCAGGAAAAUGACCCGGUCCCCUGGGAGCAUCAGGAGGCGCAGUAGGGCUGUCCACCCUAACGGAUGAGCCGCAGCCAGUCGGACGUCAGCGCUCCAGAGGCACCGAGUAACGCAGAGUCGGGUGCCACGCAGAACAAACAUCACCGUUCAGUGUUUCAUUGUGACCUUACCAUCUGUGUGCGCGUGUAUAGGAGCCGAUGAGUUGGCACGCACUUCAUGCGGUGUGUGCCGCCUGAAGAAGGACUGAGUGCUGCCACGGGCGUCAUUUCCAUUUACUUCACCCAAACGCCAAGUUCCUAUAAACUGGGAAUUGUUGUUUAUUUAUUUAUUUAUUACUUUUUAGAAUCAUUGCUGGCUUCUGACUGCGGGUUAUUCUGCCGUUCUUGAUUCAAAAAAAGCAACAUUUUAAAGUUUUCACAGUGCCACCAAGGACAAGGACACAAAACGACGACGGAGUCUAAAUGAACCCAACCUGCGUGUUCAGCUCGCCGCCACUUUGCUGAUCGCGUCCUGCGCUGUGCUUUGCUCUUGUGAAGUUCGCCCCGAUUGUCCUUUCCCUAUCUCCUUUGUCAUUUAAACUUGCUCUGUGUUAAUUAGAAGUCGCAAAUCUCCCUAAGACUGUAUAAAAAUAGCUUGUGUUGAACUUAAUAAAAGCACAUCUGAUCGAAA